UUCCUUUUAAGACAGAGUCUCUGAGCUCUGCUAAUGGUUUUGAAUCCAAAAGCCAAGCCUGUGUGGAUGCAAAUUAUCUAACUGAUAAAGGAAGUGAGAGAACUGCCAGCACAAAGAAGUUGCAGAUAAAGAACAUACCUGGUCAGCAAACAAAUUGUCUAAAUAAAAGGCACGGUAUAACAAGGAAUGUAUGCAUCAGGAAAAGAUAAGGUGUGAAGGCCAUUGUUAUAGCCAGAGUCAAGGAAGAAGAAAUAAAGAGACUUAAAGGACAUCAAAGAAUCAUCAGGUACUGCUUACUAUCCAGAUGGCUGUUAAACUGUCUGGCAUCACAGCGUGCAUACAUGCUUUGCAGUGUAAGAAGGCACCCCCAGCAAACCAAUCACCUCGGGACCACGCAGAGUCAAUUUUGACUCCAGAAGAAGACGUAGAGGAACAGCCUGCAAUACCUUACCAUCUACGCUCUCGUAAGGGUUGCCAGAAGCAGACAAGGACCUAAAGCAAGGCCCAAAAAGAAGCAGUAGUGAGCCUAGUGCCUGCUGCCUGGUGGAUGUAAAACCGUGACUGCGGUUCCCUCAGUUGAGGUUGUCAGAACCAGCAGGGUCUUGCCUCCAACAUGAGCCUCUGGUGGCGCCUGUUCCUCGGCUGCUGGUGUCUUAAGGUCUGGGGAGUCCACAAUGACAAUUCUUUUAUCCAGCAGCAAGUGUGGAUAGCUCAGACCCUUAAUAUUUCUAAUUGCUGGGUCUGCAGCCACAUCCCAGCCCACUCUCAAGCUGGUGUUCCUGUCCUGGCAAUCCCACUCAAUUCCCCAGACCUCACUGGAGGACUUCAUCCGUUUAACAAAACAUGGAACAGCAUUGACACUUGGGCAGCAGUGGGAAUAAAUGUAUCUAAAUGGAUAAGUGUGGUGGAGGGAAAAGGUCAUUGGUGUUGGGUGUGUAAUGGGACAGGGCUGGAUCUGGGAAAAAGCCGUUGCCUUCAGCAUAUUGUGGCCAAUGGUGUAUCGGAUUAUUCGAACAAAACUAAAGAGUGGCGGGCCGGGUAUGGGGAUAUGAAUUUUUUCUCGACCUGGGAUCAAACAGAAAAAUCAAUCUCAUGUUCCCCCUACAGUAAUCUUAGUGAAAACAAUACAAUCUUUCAAUGCCAUGCAAAUAACACCACUCCUCGUAAGGAGAAUUACCCUGUGCCCUUUGGAGGAUAUUACUCCUCCUUUGCAGGCAUCUAUGUGACAAAUGGGUGCAACCGACCCUUCCCAGCCUUAAUAGGCCAUCAUUGGGUUUGUGGGACCAAAGGUUAUACUGCAUUACCAGCUAACUGGUCAGGUAUCUGUUAUCCCGCUCGACUCUUCCCACAAUUCCGAGUGCUAGGGUCCUUCCCACGAGAACGCCUUCGUAAUUUCAGGCGAAGAAGAAGGGACUUACCAGAUGCCCAAUGGUAUGUAAAUAACAUAAGCCCCUUGACCUGGGAAGAGGCCAUUGGCGGUUCCCUUAUCCCACUUGGGGGAGUAAUACACCAUGCAAAAAGGCUCCUAAGGUUACAAGCAGUAGUUGAAAUAAUGGCAAAUGAAACCGGAGAGAGUUUAAAGACCCUGGCCAAAGAAACAGGGGCGAUCCGACAGAUGGCCCUCCAAAACCGUCAGGCAUUGGACAUAGUGCUGGCGGCCAAAGGAGGGACCUGUGCUCUCAUUGGAAAGAAUGUUGUGUGUUCAUACCUGACGACACCAAUGAGGUAA